AGGGAGCUGGGUCCUGCUUCCUCCUGGUCUUGUCGAUGAGGAUUUUUAGACCGUGGAGACUGCGCUGCCCUGCCCUGCACCUACCCUCACUCUCCGCGUUCUCACUAAGGUGGAAAUUGCCUUCCCUCACUACUGACGAGACCAUGUGUAAAAGCGUGACCACAGAUGAGUGGAAGAAAGUCUUCUAUGAGAAGAUGGAGGAGGCAAAGCCGGCUGACAGCUGGGACCUCAUCAUAGACCCCAACCUCAAGCACAAUGUGCUGAGCCCUGGUUGGAAGCAGUACCUGGAGUUGCAUGCUUCAGGCAGGUUCCACUGCUCCUGGUGCUGGCACACCUGGCAGUCGCCCUACGUGGUCAUCCUCUUCCACAUGUUCCUGGACCGCGCCCAGCGGGCGGGCUCGGUGCGCAUGCGCGUCUUCAAGCAGCUGUGCUAUGAGUGCGGCACGGCGCGGCUGGACGAGUCCAGCAUGCUGGAGGAGAACAUCGAGGGCCUGGUGGACAACCUCAUCACCAGCCUGCGCGAGCAGUGCUACGGCGAGCGCGGCGGCCAGUACCGCAUCCACGUGGCCAGCCGCCAGGACAACCGGCGGCACCGCGGAGAGUUCUGCGAGGCCUGCCAGGAGGGCAUCGUGCACUGGAAGCCCAGCGAGAAGCUGCUAGAGGAGGAGGCGACCACCUACACCUUCUCCCGGGCGCCCAGCCCCACCAAGUCGCAGGACGAGACGGGCUCAGGCUGGAACUUCUGCUCUAUCCCCUGGUGCUUGUUUUGGGCCACGGUCCUGCUGCUGAUCAUCUACCUGCAGUUCUCUUUCCGUAGCUCCGUAUAAGAUUCCGUCGUUGGGCCCAGAGCCUGUCGAGGGUGCCAGUUAGCUGAUGCGAGGGUAGAGGAGAGACGUGGGUUGAGAAUAGUGUAAACUUCUAGCGCUGGUGUUGUCACUGACUCACUGGGGAUCUUGGACAAAUUAUACAGUUUUUCCAUCUAUAAAACUUAGGGUUUGGGCAAGAUCAUUGGUUUAUCAUAGUGAAACCCAGGACCCCAGAGUUCUGCGUAGGUGCCUCAGGGACUUUUGGAUUUGGAAAGUGGGCUAAGCUAGUGGGUGUCUCCAACUCCUGGUCUAAACACCCAUCCUCCAACUCCUACCUCCUCCUCUUGCUUCGAUCAGAACAGCUUUACUUUAGAUGGGGUUCCAUUUAAGAUUUUUGUACCAAAAAAAAAAAAAAAAAAAAGUUUAACUACUUUUAAAAAGUUUGAAAAUGAGAGGACUGGGUGAUCUCAAAAGGGCUUUCCACAGUAAUGAGCUCGACCUUGCUCUUAUUAGUCCCUCACCCCUGCCCCUCAUGAUCUCCCACUUUCUCUAGCUGCAGCCUUAAAUUAGCUUCUUUGCCCACCGUGUGAGCCUCAUCCGUGAUUCUGCCUUCACACCCGCAGCAGAGGUUUCCCUUGAAGUGCAAGAGGUGGGAGAUCAGGCUGUUCCUUUGCUGCCAGGUACACAGGGUCUCUUUUUUUUGUUUCUCAGAUUCCAGCUUCUUUCCACUCAGGGCAGAUUCUGGGGUCUGCCUGCCUGAAAGAUGGUGGUUGGGGUGGGGUCUCAUAGAGCUAGGCUUCUCACCCACUGCGUAUUAACUGGCAGAGAAUUUAGGGGAGGUUCAGAAGACAGAGUUUUAGAAGCAAAGCACAAAAUCUCUGGGAGGCAUUAUAAUGGAGGGUCUUCAGAGUUCAGGGACCAAGUCUAGCAGAUUCUCAGCAGUGCCGAUGGCCAGAAUUCAGGAGCAGGGGCCUGGCCUCCUGGUUUCUUUGCUGAAAUUAUAGUUGAAUGGCUUUCUCACAUUGGCCAAGCAUGAGGCCUCUUGCCAAAGAUCAGCUGUCCCCCUAAAGCCACAGGGAUGGGGUAUCUUCAGCAAGAGAGAGGGCGUUAAAGAUGUAAAAUGCUUUGUCCAUGGGGAAGUGCACAGAUAUGUGGGAGAACUUUACAAGGCUCUAAAAUGAGAUGUGAUAUGGCUUGAAAUGGGAGGAGACACUUUCUGACAGUGGAGGGUCUGGAAUGGAAUUGGUGGGGAGAGGCAGCAAGCUGCACUUUUGAGGGGCCUCAUUUACCCCACCUCUGCUAAAAACUUGACUGCUCUCCUCUUUAAUAGAAAGUCACCAUCAUCUGUAGUGAUGGAGGAAGGGGGUCACUUAUAUAAAGAUGGGACACUUUAAUAAAGACAGGAUAUCUUCCAUAAGGCUUAGUAGUCAUUAAUAUGUGUUUGAGAUUCCCCCACUGUCCCAGAUCUGUAAUGAGCUAUUGGUCCCCUCCAUCCCGCCACCCUGUCUCCGCUUUUCUCCUUUCUGCCCCCUGACCCCACUGCCACAUAAGGCUCUAUCUAGCUCCAGUUUUGGACCAGUCUCGUCCACAGUCAGGAGGGAUGGAAGUCAGUCAUUCAGGGGAUCAGCAUAAGGUCAGUUUUACUCCUAUCCUGGCUCGAAUUCAAGUAAGCAGCGAUGGCUUCCUUUACUUCAUUCACAGAGUAUUUAUUUCUUCAUCUAGUCCGCA